AUGUCAACUUUAACUCCAAGGAAAAGGAAGCAGCAUUCUUUGAACUGUGAUAACCUAUUAUCAGAAAUUCCAUCAAAGAAAUUAAUUUCAGACUUUACUGAAAAUAUAUUUCCAUCACCUAAUAAAAAGCACAUUUGCCAAAGCAGUGAUAAAAAUGAAGGAAAGAUUCAUUGCUCUCAACAAGGCCACUUCAUUUCAAGUCCACUCAAAACGACUAAAAAUAGAUUGCCAUCUACAAAUCAAGGUUCACCAUUUAAAUCUGCUGUGUCUACCAUAUCCUUUUACAACAAAGAUAAGUGGUACCUCAAUCCACUGGAGAGAAAGCUGAUAAAAGAGAGUAGAUCUGUUUGUCUAAAAACUAAUAAUGAAGAUAGAUCAUAUCCCAGUGUGACAGGAAAAAUGCAGGGAAAACCAGCCUGCUCCAAGAAGAUGAACAAAAAACCACAGAAGAGUUUAACUGCUAAGUGUCAACCAGGAUAUAAGUGCAUCGAGCCUGUGUCAAAGAAUCCUAAAAAUUCCAAGCAAAAUCGAGUGGCCUAUAAGCCAAUUGUGGAGAAAGAGAAUAAUUGUUACUCAGCUGAAAAUAAUCUGAAUGCUCCUCGAGUUCUAAGCCAAAAGGUCAAACCACAAGUUACCCUCCAGGGAGGAGCGGCUUUUUUUGUUAGUAGGAAAAAACCCUCUCUGAGAAAAUUGUCUCUGGAAGAUAAGCCAUUACUGGGACUCACCCAAAAGAAUAAAUCAGAAGUUAUUGAAGAGUCUGAUGUGGAAACUGUCAAUGAAAGAAGUUUUGAGACAAGGCAAGUGCCAAAGUGUUUGUUAGUAGAAAAAGAACUGAACACUGAGCUGCUGAGUGAAAGAAGUAAAAAUGAAGAGAAAUUAAUAAAGGAUGCAUCAGAUAGAGUCAUUUCUUCAAGGGAAUGUAAAACCGAUGAAAAUAAGAGUUUUUCUUCAGAGGAGUCUUUCAGUGAGAACAAGGCAGUUUCUCCUGAGACCCUUGUCUAUCCCAUCUUCACUGUGUCUUCAGUCAACACAAAAAGAUCUCUAGUUGAAGAACAGUCUUCUGUGGGAUCCAUCACAUCUACUAACUUCUUGAAACAAAUCAAUAUACAGAAAAAUACUAAUACCAGAGAUGCAAAUAAAGAAACAAAAGACCAGCUCAUCAUUGACGCUGGUCAGAAACAUUUUGGAGCCACCAUGUGUAAGUCUUGUGGCAUGAUCUAUACUGCUUCCAACCCCGAGGAUGAACUGCAGCAUGUUCAGCAUCACCACAGAUUUCUGGAGGGAAUCAAAUAUGCAGGCUGGAAAAAAGAACGUGUCGUAGCAGAAUUUUGGGAUGGGAAAAUUGUGUUGGUCCUGUCACAUGAUCCGAGUUAUGCUAUCAGAAAGGUGGAAGAUGUCCAAGAACUUGUCGAUUAUGAAUUGGGCUUCCAGCAAGUUGUUUCCAGAUGUCCAAACAGAACCAAAACUUUUCUCUUUAUUUCUGAUGAAAAGAAAGUAGUUGGAUGUUUAAUUGCAGAGCCCAUCAAACAGGCCUUCCGUGUCCUGUCUGAACCAACUGGUCCAGAAUCCCCAAGCUCUAAAGAAUGUCAUAGGGCUUGGCAAUGUUCAGAUGUACCAGAACCUGCAAUCUGUGGGAUAAGUAGAAUCUGGGUCUUCAGACUGAAGAGAAGAAAGCGCAUUGCAAGACGACUGGUAGAUACUCUAAGGAAUUGCUUCAUGUUUGGCUGUUUUCUCAGCACGAAUGAAAUAGCAUUUUCUGACCCAACACCAGAUGGCAAGUUAUUUGCAACCAAGUACUGCAACACCCCUAAUUUCCUUGUAUACAAUUUUAAUACUUAA